UUCUACAGUCAGCAACUUUUACUUCCUUUACUCGCUCUCUCAUUCUCCCACUCUUCAAGUCUAUUCAUCGCCUUAACACUAAGCAAUUCAUCAAGGUUAGAUAUAUUUCGCAAUAUCUCAUUCUUAUUGCGUGCUGUAUCUGAGAAAAAUUAAAACUGCCCCGCCAUAUUUCCAGCAUCGUAGGCCAAGCAACGCUCAUUACCUAAAACUAUCAGAUCCAAAAAAAGAAGAAGGAAAAAAGGGGGGAAAAGGGAAAAAAGGAAAGCCAUGGCCUCCGAUAACCUCCACCACAUCAACUCCCUCUCGGAUCUGCAAUCCCUCUUCGCCUCUACCACCUACGUCGCCGUCGACUUCUACGCCGACUGGUGCGGCCCUUGCAAAGCCAUCGCGCCGGGCUACGCCGCCCUCGCCAAGCAGCACGGCGCGCCCGGAAUCCUCGCUUUCGCCAAGGUAAACGUUGACGUCGCCCAGGACGUCGCCCAGGCGUACGGCAUCACCGCCAUGCCCACCUUCUUGUUUUUCAAGGAGGGGAGGAAGGUCGCGGUUAAUGGGGAGCAGGCGAUUCGGGGCGCGGAUGUGCGGGCGUUGACGGCGGCGGCGGAGAAGUUGGGGGGUUUGGCGAAGAAGAGGAUGGAGGCUUCUUAGGGGGAGAAGAGGGAGAAAUGGGAAAACUGUGAGAGGGGAGGUGAUAGCAUGAGAUCAUUAUCUAGGCUGUCGUUUACUUUGAGAUGGGCGUAGAUAUACUCUUUGGUCACAGCAGAGUCAGAGGAGAGGAGAGGAGCCUUGUGUAUUCGAUGUGACAUGAAAAGCUACCUACCUAGGUGUGUCUAUUCCACUUCCUAGAAAUAAGCACAAGACGUAGAUGGCUACCUAGCUAUAAUCGUUUAGGGCUUAUUUCGUCAUACAACGGCAAGAAAUGAAAAGAUUUACAGUAUCCUAGUUUCAACUACCAUGAAACUCGUGACUUUCACCAUCCCCCCCCCCCUUUACAAGACUCGCAAAAGCCAAGGCCUAUGUAAGCGUCGAUUACCUAGUUGAUAUAGAAACCUAAAAUGAAGUCCGAGAUUUACGGUAUGAGUAGGUGCCUAGGUUAGACACAUCCAUAAUUUCUCAGCCCGUAUCUAUGGCCAUA